CAGUUACUACGCAUUUAUAGUGUUUGAAUGAGUCAUCACUAUGAUUUAUAAUACCAUGAUACUGUUUUAGUGCACCAAUUUGACAGCCGUAAACUAGUUGUCGUUUUAAUGACUGAAUGAGUUUCUGCAAAAAGAAGAUAAACCACCGUCUUCUUCGAGUGACCGUGAUAAUUUCUAGUUUAAUCAUCAUAGGAUGUGCAGUUGCUUUGAUCAUUUUUGGUAGCAUAUUUUAUAGUUCAAUUCGCAAAUACAAUGACAAACUUGAUACGACUAUCAAAAGAGUUAUAGAAUGCUUUGUUAUAGUCGGAUGUAUUAUGAUUUUUGCUGGAUUAUUAGGUCUCUUUGGAUCUUGCCUAGACAGUAUUGAUGUACUUUGCUUGGUAUAUCUUCACACUUUAUUGUUGAACUACUUAAUAUCCGUUGAUUUUCAGUUUUCUUUAGGUUUGUUCUCUAUAAUUAUUGUUCAACUGGGGACUGGAAUAACAUGUCUUUGUUAUCAUAUAAAGGCGAGUGUUUUGGUUAUUGAUGAGCCUUUUUAGUUGUGGGAUAAUCUGCAUUUGAGCAUAAAGAAAGCAGUUGAUAACUAUCAUUUCAACAAAAACAUAAGCACCAUUAUGGAUAAAAUUCAUAGAGAUGUAAUUAUCUUUUCAAUUUUCUUUUAUUUCAGCUAAAAUGUUGUGGCUCACUUAACCACCUAGAAUAUGGAGAUAAAAUCCCCUCAUCCUGUCAUGAAGAUGGUUCCAUUUACAAAAAUGUAUUGUCAAAAUAACAUGUUUUUAUGUUAUGAUAGUUUAUUCAUUUAUUUUUACAAGUAUGUGGGUGCAUGCAUGUUUCCUUGUAUUUCCACGGAAAAUUUGGUUAUCAAAUAAAUCCUUAAUAAAAUAGUUAGCAUGAUGGUACUAUUGGAUAACUAACCAUCUUUGUGUAGUAGCUUAUUAAAUCAUCAAAGAGGCUUAUAGACAUAAAUGCUAAACUUUAGAACCUAUUUGACUGUUUUUAUGUUAAUUUGAAUUGUCUAUUUAUGGUUACCUUGACUGCAGUAAAGCUGUAAAAUUUAUUUUAGGUUACAGUCCUUGAUUUAUAAAGUGAAUCUGCCUAAUGAUUGUAGCGAGCUUCGAAAUAAAUUCAUGUUGAUAAACAAUUGACCUUUGUACUACAGACAAGUUUCAUAUAAGCGAUACACUACUACUGAAAGGACUAAUAACUGAAGUCUAAGUACUUACACAACGGUGAACCACGAAAUCAGCUCGGGGACUCAAAUUCAAGCCUUAUGAAAAGCGCCUUCAACCACUCGACCUCUACCCGUCGGAGUAUAGACAUAUUAGAGGUGACCUUCUUAUGGCUCACAGUAUCCUUAACACUUCUGGACAUCCCGUUGAACAUCUAAUUAGGCUUAGUCACAAUACAAACCUAAGGGGUAACACCCAGAAACUGGAGACCCAAUAUAGUAGGACGGACUGUACACACAACUUCUACUCUUUAAGGGUUUUCAAAUGCUGGAAUUCGCUGCCGACUGAGCUAGUUCAAGCGACUUCUCAAGAGUCUUUUAAGAGGAAGCUUGACCUUUUCUUAAGGAAUGAGGAUAACAUCUUAUUAUAAUUUGCAGAUUUCUAUUUUUUUUCUGUUAUCGGUAAUAUACAUACAGGUUACUGCCUGGAUAUAUUGGCGAUCCCUUGCUACUAGACAUUGAAAUCCGUUGAGUGAAAGCCUCUUUUCCGUUCACAACCAUUUGAACUAGUUCGCAAAAUACAUUUUGUCGAACUACAUCACUUAUGGGCAUUUUAGUUAGUGUAUUCGGUAGAUAAUCACUUUGUUAUCACGUGCUACUUGUCAAAAUCAUUCAACGCGUAUUUUUGUCUAGAUAGAAAAUGUACAUCGUAAUACAGUUAAUGUUAUAAAAUGACAUUCAAAGUAUCGUAUCAAUCUGUUCAUGUAUGUAGUUUUUUUGAACCUCUUUAAUUGGCUCCGAUUUUGCGUCACUUUCUAUGCUUUAUUGUCUAAGGAAAGUAACAGCACUGAUGAUAAAAAACAAAUAGUUAGGUCAUCUUCAUACACAUGAAAAAAUAAUUAACCCUAGAAAACUCCGCUUUACACUCCCAUCUAGAUAAAUUACAGUUGAACAGUGCUGUCUGUUUGCCCUCUACAUGAAGGUUUUUAUUUUUUGAAAUAAAAAGUCAUUGUAAUUAUUGUUUGUAAUAAAUAACAAUCUAGCAUGAAAAACAGCACUUAAGAACACUGUAUGGAGAACGUAAUGAUUAAUUUCGCUGAAGUUAGUAAAGCCUUGAUCUUUCAAUUUCUUAUAAUCCAUUGACUAAUGUCAGCUAUCCUUAGACAUUGAAAAAUUAGCGGGUAAUGAAUGUAUUUUUCUAUUUUUAUGCCAAACUUUGAAUACUUUUGAGUUGUUUGCCAUGUACUUGAAUGUUUUCGCAAACAGUCUCCCUGAAAGUCUUGAAGCCUACGCUAGUUAGCUUCCAUAAUGGUAAGUUUAACGAUUGUACUGGGAACAUUAUUUAACAAAAGGUUUAAAUAUAACGUUUUCCAGUCGUUUGUUGGUUACGGUUCAUAUAAGAAUAGGUGAAAACAAAAAAAUUAAGGACUAAGCGAUGAAAAAAGUGUUUUUUAGUAGCAUCGGGACUAUUUUACUGAGUAUUGUCAAGCUUAUUACGUCAGGCGUAUUUUAUAAUGUUUGAGUAUUUUAUAGUCAACCUACUCGAAUUUCAACUGAAAGAGAACCAAUAUCUGUUAUAAAAAACGAGGGCUCAUUGCAAAUAACUUCAAUAAGUUGUUUAAACAUAUCGUAGCUUUCUUUAGUCAUUUUCUACUGGUGAUAAUGCUUUGCCAUUUUCAUACAGUGCUAGGAUAAUAUGCCCCUUAUUCGUUCUUUAGUUUAUGAAGGGCGUAAUUCUAAAUAACCCGUACAGUUACUCGUAUAAAGUGCCUUAUGCCCCCUUAUAGAUAUUCCUAAAGCUAAGUGUUAGCUGUCGGCUCUUAAGUAUAGCUUAAUCAAUACGCACGACUUAAAAUACUUUAGUGCUUUUCACCCUUUCUAAAGUUAGUGUACGUUUAGCUUUUAGGCAGAAAUGAGCUAUUUCUUGAACGUAUUUUUAUCGUACAACUUACAAAUUGAUCAACAGCCUUGAUAUGUAACUGUUUAAAUGCCUUAUGUCGUAUUUACGCAUGCUUGUACUAUGAUAGGCCGAUCUGUUUAUUGUGUCACACAUAAAAAUACCGAGAUAUAUGCCUUCCAGGUGCUUUUACUGAUGUUGGAAAAAUAUAUGGCAGAACCUCAAACGGUUAAGAAAUGCACGGAGUGAGGACUUACGGAGGGAUGUUUUAUGCUGAAAUAUCAACUCAACCAUAAAUAAGGCAAACUAAGAGUCAUGCCUUGUCGAAUCCUUCAUGGGUUCCACAUAAGCAGAUUUUAUAAAGGUGGUGUCUAGAGCUUAUUCAAACGUUUUACAAAAGAUUCGCUUUCAGAGGUUUGGAAUCUGUGAUGUACGCACUAGAAUCUAAGGUUAAAGUCUAUCUAGAAAUACAUCACUUACUUUACAAUUGCGACUGCAGUGAACUAGAUUGACCAAGAGCCCUUAUAUUUUGAGUAGCUUUCAUGUCACAAAUUCUCAAUAAUGAAAAUGAUGUGUUAUUUUUGAUCGGUAAUACUCCAGCCUCUACGAACUGUAAGCUUUUUUCCUUACUGUUAAGAAGCUUUAGAAAUUGAGCUGAAUUUUCUUCACGGGUGGAGUCAGCCAUGUUUCCAUCACUGUGAUUGUCUGUGAUCUACGACAGUCAGUUCAUACACUUAAAAACAUUUGAGCAUCAACGUGAUAAGUGAUGCACUCACUUAAGGGACUUUAUGCUGUUCUUAAAGUAUCUCAAGCACAAAAAUCUUUACCUAUCAGUCCUAUGCUAUGUUUCCUUGUUGUGAUAGUAAACAUUACGUAGUAAUAUCAUUUAGAAAUAUUCCCCAGUAGAAUGAAAGCAUGAAGUGCAUGUAUUACGAAAAUCACAUUCCUCACCAAAAACCCGACAUGUAUUGAAAUUAAGAAUUGAGUACAGGGAAGAUCUUGUUUCUGAAUGAGAUGAAUGAGGCUGUAUCGUUGAAGAGUACUAUCAGUUCAUGGUUUUCGAUUUGGAUGUUCCUAAUGAAUGAAAGAGUUAAAUGAAUAGUCAGACGAAUCUAGUAAAUAUUUAUCUUUUUGUUGAUUAAUGUAUUUCUUCCUUUAUUAAUUGUAAUGAUGACAGUAUUCUUGAGGUUGUUUACGGUCUUUUGUGAUUGUACAUUCAAUUAAGUGUAGUAAGAUGGAAUAUGAAACACUGUUCAAGUAAGUAUACUUUCUUUUCUACAAUCACGUAAUCAAUAAUAUUACUCUAUUUCACAGGGUUGCACUGAUGCAUUGAAUCGUUUCAGUGGACAAUUUCUGCGUACUGCUAUAGUUCUUUCGCUUAUGUUCAUAAUUCUUGAAGUUGUAGCAAUUGGAUGUUCCAUAUAUUUAGCUGCAUAUAUUGACGCAAAAGAUCAAAGAUGAUGUUCUAUUUUUUUCUUGUCGUAUCAAUCAUUGAGAUUAUUAUUAUGGAUGGUUUAAAAUUCAUUGAAUUAGCACACUAUUGAUCUUUUGCAAAAUGAUUAACGAUGUCUUUGUAAGUAAAAAAAAUUAGGUAAAUAAGAUAACUUAUCUAUAAUUCAUGCAAGAAUGUAAUUAUAAAGUAUUCUAUUUACAUGUGUUUGUGUAAAUUCUGUAUAUUUGUCUUUCGAUUCUUUUAUUUUUCAAGUCAUUAAGUAAACAAAACAUAUCAUAAAAUAUCAGAAAGGGUUUUCGUGGAGAUUUAGUAUUUUCAUAGUUGAAAGCGU